CGUCUGGCAACGCUGGCUAACAAUGGCGGUGACUGAACUGCUGGUAGUUAGCCUUACGCUGGUGAACGUCCCAGGGUCGCUCGGCUGGCCCAAAGGAAGGCUCACUUCUACCAAGCAACUCGCCGAACAUGAAAUCAAUUUCCCAUGCCCACCGAUAACCUACAAUUUAUGGUGCCUGCCAUUUGAUAUAACUCGCGCGAGUGAAGUCAUCACAACCGGAGCCUGUCAAGAAGACAAUGACUGCUUGGGUGGCAUUUGUUGCUUAGUAAACAAUUGUGGCAAGCGCAAGUGUAAUGAUCACUUACAACAACGUGUGGCAAGCGCAAGUGUAAUGAUCACUUACAACAACGUGUGGCAAACGCAAGUGUAAUGAUCACUUACCACUAUUAAUUAUUUUAAUCAUUAAGAAACCGCUGAAGACUGGCAUGUAAGUUCUUGACGGCUUUAAUAACCCAGGCGAAAUUUUUGACCUUUGUGCCUGCAAUGGACGGAUUGUAAUUGUGC